AUUGUCAGUAUUUAGUAGUUCAACGAUUGAAUCAAGGAAUUGCUGAGAAUUUGUAGCCCUGCAUGCGUAGACUUCAGAAUUUUUGAUUCCCAGAUUUUUGUGCAAGACGCAACUUGAUUAUAUCGCUUUUUACUUUUUAUCUUAUAAGAAAUUGUUGCAAGCAAUUCAUAUUUAAUACGCAAGAAUGGAAAUUGUCAAAGAUAAUUUCGGCAAUAAUUAUUCCAACUUAUCUAAAGACGAAUUACAAUUUGAUAUUUGUAAUAACGACAAUGAUCUUGAAGGAAUUUACCGAAACAUAACUGAAGAAGUAAUCAAGUACUAUAACGAACUCCUCGAAAAUACUCGGCUUAGUAUGCUUGUGAACACAAACAAAAUUGAAAAAUUCAAAGAUUUCUGUAACGAAGAGAUUUUCGACAAAAAUUUUCCCAUCGCUGAUUUAAUAUAUUUUCUCUACAGUCGUAGUAUCUCAAAACAUCUAUUUAUCAAUACUGUUACAAUUGAGAUUUUCAAUAUCAAAAAGUAUUAUCUGCCGAUCUUUAUUAUCCUGGGUCUUUUGGGCAACUGUUUGUCCGCUAUUGUGUUCUUUCGUAAAAAGAUGCGUUCCUUAUCGUCCAGCGUCUACUUGGGCGUGCUAGCGAUAAGCGAUAUGAGCUUUUCGCUGAUGAUAUUCAUACAAUGGCUCAGAAUAAUGGAAAUAUUAGAAGUGCCUAAUCUUCAUUGGUUAAAUUACUUUGAGAUCUUCUUGGUCUAUUUUUUCAAGUUCUUGAGUGCGUGGCUUAUAACAGCCUUUACCAUCGAGCGAUAUACAAUGACAAAAUAUCCGCUUCUACGUCAAUCCUGGUGCACUGUCAACCGGACGAAAAUUGUAGUGAUCACGCUGAUAGGACUAGCGAUUUUGUACAGCAUUUUAUAUGUUUUCCUCGAGAAUACUUGUACAUCAAUGAAUAUGAAAGACCAAGAUAUAAAGAUCUUUCUUAUAUACAAAUAUGUAUCAUCAGAGUCUAUCAAGGAAGAUUCAAACAUCUACGUGAUGACUAAUGCUGUUAUAAUGUUUACCUUACCUGCACUUAUGAUAAUAAUCUUCAAUACUCUGAUAGGAUGGCACAUUUACCAGCAAUAUCGUGUCAACAAAACCUUGAUUACAACAUCCGGUACUUCCAGUGAGAGUACUCAGAUUUCUGAAAAUGAAAUGAUUGAGAAUAAGAUCACAAAGAUGCUUAUUCUUGUUUCGAGUAUGUUUGUAAUCUUGAAAUUACCUGCACAUAUCCAUUUCUUUAUUCGGUCUGACAUGUAUAAAUAUGGCAUUAAUUGGACUGUUAUGUCUGAAAUAUACGAUUUAUUAAACAUGACGAAAUACAGUAUAAAUUUUGUUCUUUACUGUGCAACAGAACAAAAUUUUCGCAGAGAAUUAAUUCACACAUUUACCAAAUGCAACAGAAAUAUCAUAAAGAUGAACAAUUAUAAGUAACAGUAUGAUUUAUACUGAAUUAUGCAGUUAUAAUAAGCUUGCAAAUUUAUGUCCAAUCGCACUUCAAAUAAAGCAAUGUAUUUGUUAACAACGCACAAACGUGAAAGUUUCUCAAGAGAAGGUAGAACUUCUGAUAUAUACGAGAGAUUAUAAUAUAUAUUUUAACAUAAUAAAAUAUAAUUAACUGCAAAUAACUAAAUAAG